AGGUGUUGUUCCCGCCAAUAUUUACUCUGCGUCGCAAAGAGAGUGGGUAUCACUUAUCAACAAUAUGACAAAAACAGCUGUGCGCGACAUGCAUUGCAUUUUUUGUAGCCUGUGGGAUUCUUGACGAUUAGAUGCAAGUCUCAAUGUUUAGAUGGAAAUGGGUUCCCCGUCCUAACCUGUCAACGACAUACGGUACAUCUUCAACCGAGGCUCAAUGGGCGGGCAGUCUGUGGUUUUUAUUUCUCCGUCGCCAACCAGCCAGCCUUCGCCCCCAACAAACAAACAGCCAGCCAGCCUUCUGGUCCAAAAUUCGGGGAAUCGCGUUGACCUCCAAUUGCCCCGCAUGCUUGUCAGUCCCUAGUGGGGCGACAGGAGUUCAGACGACGUCCUACUCCAACCACAUUUCAUCAUUCCGGGCAGCCGCAAACGCAAGGCACGAGACACUCGUCAAUCCCUGAACCAGACGCAAGACCCAGCCAGACCCAGAUUCAGACAAGCCAGACCCUAUUGCAGUUGCUAUUACUGUACGUACUCCAUUUGGUAGGACCCUCCUGCCCUUGACCGCUGCAUUCAAUAUCGCAAAAAAAGAGACUGUAAGAAAAAAAGAAAAAAAGAAAAAGAGAGAGAGAAAAAAAACAGAAACCGAACGGCCGAGUCGGGUACCUAUUUUUGGUGGGUCUACUUUUUGUGGCCUAGGUUGUAUUUGAACCUCCACAGUCCAUCGUCUCCAAGUCAGAGUGCCAGUCACUUCUGCCUACCUGGUUUGCGGGAGCCAGCAGGAGAGUCUUGUCUGCUGUGUUUGCUUCGAGCGAAAGUACCACCUGUCCGGCCUGCUGGGACUCAACUCUGCUGUGUUCCGGCAGCAGCUUCCCGACACGGGAUAGCAUCCUGCCCAGCGGUUUUUGGAUCUCGGCAAGGCGCAUGCCUGCCUUAUCUAGGUAGCAAACGCCUACUCAUAAGACGCCCGGUUUUAUACUUCCCUCUCCGCCCAAGGGUCUUUUUGCCCGCACGCUCGCCGCCUUACUCGUGGACUCUUCACGCACAAAUACAUACCAUGACGAGCUCUUCCUCCUCGCCCCCACCUACGAGCUUCCUGGAGCAGACCGUGUCGGUCAUCUCCAGCGUAGCGGGCUACAUGCGGCUUCCGGCCAUGGCCUCCACGGGCGUCGCCGCCGUGCUGACAUCCCUGCUGUAUUUCAAGCAAAAAUCCUUGAUAUACUCCUCCAACAUGCCGCCGAAUUCUCGAACCCAAGUCUCACGGCCCAGCCAAUUCAACAUUAAAGAUUUCGAAGAGCUCAUGAUCCCGACGCCCGACGGCGAGAAACUUUCGGCCUUUUACAUCCGCGGUUCUCGAAACGGACGCAACUCGAACGUCACCAUUAUCAUGUUCCACGGCAAUGCGGGCAACAUUGGCCAUAGACUACCCAUCGCAAGACAUUUGGUGGAGCUUAUGGGCUGCAACGUUUUCAUGCUCGAGUACCGCGGCUACGGCUUGUCAACCGGCACUGCGGACGAGUCGGGGCUUAUGAUUGAUGCUCAGACCGGGCUGGACUACCUCAGGGAUCGUCCCGAGACGAGGAAGCACCGGCUGGUGGUUUACGGGCAAAGCCUGGGUGGUUCCGUGGCCAUUCGGCUGGUGAGCAAGAACCAGGCUGCGGGGGAUAUUGUUGGUCUGAUUCUGGAAAACACAUUCCUCAGCAUGCGCAAACUCAUCCCCUCUGUCAUCCCGCCGACCAAGUAUUUUGCCUUCCUCUGCCACCAGGUUUGGCCUUCCGAUGUAGCGAUACCAAACAUCACCAAGGUGCCCAUCCUGUUUCUGAGUGGACAGCAGGAUGAGAUUGUUCCUCCAUCGCACAUGCGCCAGCUAUAUGAGCUCUCUGCGGCCCCGAAUAAGAUAUGGAAACCAUUACCCAACGGGGACCACAACUCGAGCGUCUUGGAGGACGGGUAUUUUGACGCCAUCUCGGACUUUGUUGCCUCGGUUGCAUCGGAACCACCCCGUCUGAGUGAGAAGAUAUGACAGCGCAUUUCCAAUUGAUUACGUCUACAACCCGGACCGAAACGUCUGCAGAGUCUUUUGGCCUCAUUGGUGUUCAAACUUGCGAAAAUCGACCCCUCCCCGGCCCAUGAUACAACUUGGAUCGGUUUGGUACCAUUGUCAAAGGAUUUUCCGGUUUGCCUCCUCACAAAUAAUAAGAGAUUUGGUCUUUACAAGAAAUAGAUUGAUUGCAAAGGCCCGUCGGCCAUUGGGCACCGCGGACGCCAAAUUUCUCUUCUUUCGCUUACUUUUUCGUUCCUUUGUCCUGUACCAACAACAUCUUGAGAUACCCCUCGGUUUCCUUGUUCCUUACUUCCCAGAGUUUCAGGAGAGACAGAGAAAGGCUCGGGCUCUGUCUCUAGUUGCAUUUGGCACAUUUGCAUGGCACGUAUAGUUUGGAUUGGAAGGUUCUCUUUUGUCUUGUUGGUUCUCUUGCUUUCUGUUUUGUUGCAACGCUCCUAAACGCCCAAACAAGCGAUGCGUGAGAUCAUCGUUUUGUACAAGAAGCAACACAUGUAUGGGGGACGGGAAGUGGAAAGCUUGCCAGGAGGUCGUUUGUUUACCCGGGGUUGCGGUAUUGGAUCGCAGGGAAUAAUGUAGGGAUAUGCGGAACAUGAUACGAACACAACAUGAUUAUAUGACACCUAUACGCCGUCCGGUUUGAGAACACAUGGCUGAACUUGUAAAUAAAUGCUGCUGGGAUAAGAAGUAACGGCAGCUGCUUCGUAUCUCGAGCAGCUGUGAAAUGGCAUACUAACCCGCGGAAACGGCUAG